GUACACCCUCGGCAGCGGCAGAAUGCGUGCAUGUAAGCAACAACUUUCCAAUAAAUGACAAGUGAGAGAUGAAAUUAAGUGUUUUUCAGAUUUACAUCCAAUUAUCACUCAUUUUAUCGCUGGGUUGGAGAGGUUCCCUCCUUUCUCGUUGUGUUUUAAAAAAAAAAAAAGAAAAAAAAAAUGACGUGGUUGUUUCACGCCCUCUCAGCCUCAAAUGUUCCGCGGAGGAGAGGGAGGAGGAGGAGGAGGAGGAGGGGGAAGAGGAGGAGGAAAGAUGCAGGAGGAAAGAGAACAUGCUUAGACGGGUGUCUGCUUUCUAACCACGGACACUGAGCUGCGGAGCAUCCUGCACACAUUUGGAAUUAACAGUUUUAUUACCACCUCUCACUCUCUUUCUGCUUUUGUUUGGAUUUCAGAAGAGAUUUGCAGGAUGUAGAAGACGAGCGAGUGGAAAGAAAAGAAAAAAGACAUGCUGGAUGUAUUUUUUUACUGUCAAGUCAUAAUGUGACAUUGCUUCACAUUACGCAUGUGACAUUUUAGGAGAGAUCAACUCUCCGCCAACAUGGAUUUCUUGAAUGUCUCCUCUUUUGAGGAAGGGACUGAGGCAGACAACAUCUCCACUAACAACACCUCUCACAGCAAGUACACCCCUCUCGCCAUCUGGGGUCUAGCUGGACUUGUCAGUUUUCUAAUCCUGUUUACCAUAGUGGGCAAUGUCUUGGUUGUUAUCGCCGUUUUAACAAGCAGAGCUCUGAAACCACCCCAGAAUCUGUUUCUGGUGUCUCUGGCUAGUGCAGACAUACUGGUGGCCACCCUGGUCAUGCCCUUUUCUCUGGCGAAUGAACUUAUGGGUUACUGGCUUUUUGGUAAGAUUUGGUGUGACAUCUACUUGGCUCUUGAUGUUUUAUUUUGCACCUCUUCUAUUGUGCACCUCUGUGCCAUUAGUUUGGACCGCUACUGGUCAGUGACGCAGGCGGUAGAGUACAACUUGAAGAGAACGCCCAAAAGAGUCAAAGGGAUGAUUGUGGUGGUGUGGCUGAUCUCAGCAGUUAUCUCCUUCCCACCACUGAUAUCAAUGGACAGGAGCAACAAUGAGACAACCCCUCAGUGCAUUAUAAAUGAUGAGACCUGGUACAUCCUCUACUCCAGCAUUGGGUCCUUCUUUGCUCCUUGUGUCAUCAUGAUUCUGGUCUAUAUUCGGAUCUACCAAGUGGCAAAGACCAGGACCAGAACCAUGUCAGAGAAGAAAAGGGAUGUGGAUUCGCCACAGGCGAACGGUCAAGCUGACACAAGCAAAGCUGGUUCAUUUAAGUCUCAAAGGGGUGGGAGUGUUAAAGAGCAGGAGUGUGAAAACGGCCAUUGCAAAGAGCACACAGCUAGCACUUCCUUGACAAACACUUCUAAAACUCCACACAUCGACCACAAUGAUGAUUUCGAGGACAGCAGUUCAUCAGAUGAGAAGCCCAAAAAAAGCUCCACAUCAUCCAAACAUCACCACGAUGACCGAAAAGACAGGAAGUCCAGCAGGAAAAGCAGCUCAGCCUCGAAAUUCUCCAGUAGGAAGUCGUGUGCCAGUUCCAAGUCCAUAGAGCUGUUCUCGUCUCGCCGCAAACGCAGAAGCACAGUCAAUAGGAAGAAAGUUUCCGCAGCACGAGAAAAACGCUUUACAUUUGUCCUGGCUGUGGUCAUGGGGGUUUUUGUUUUGUGUUGGUUCCCGUUUUUCUUCUCAUACAGCCUGUAUGGAAUCUGCAGGGAGAUGUGCAAGAUCCCAGAGACCCUCUUCAAGUUCUUCUUUUGGAUCGGCUACUGUAACAGCUCAUUAAACCCAGUCAUCUACACCAUCUUCAACCAAGACUUUCGUAGGGCUUUCCAGAAGAUUCUCUGUAAGUCUUGGAAACGCUCAUUCUGAUGGACUUUAACAGACAUUUCGUACGCCAGAUUCCCAUUUAAGCAGUUCUAAGUUGGAGAGAAAAGUGCGGGCCUGGUGAGUCUUUGCACCUUUUACUGUCAGGGAUUGUGCUUGAAAUGAAGGGAGGGGAACAGAUCAAAGGCCUGAACUAAAGGUGCAAGAAAAUGCUUGGCUUUUAUUCACAGCAGAAGCUUAGAUUAAAUGCCAGGCAGCUUUUUACACUCAAAUAUUUGCUCCAACUAAACCACUGACAUUGAUUUACACUCCCUUCAUUGAAGUAUCAUAAAAAGACUCAUAACAGCCACUGUGAUGCACACACAGCACGAUAGUUGCACCAGAUGAACUGCUCAGGAGACGAAGGGUUUAUUGAGACACUUUAUUCACGUGAUCAUUGAACAUAAUGCCAAGACCUUGACAAUCUCCAACUGUUAUAAAUAAGAAAAUAGGGCAUCUAUCUUCUAUGGCUCUUAAUCUGUUUUUCUUGACCUUGCUACUAUGUUUCACUCAAUAUAAGGACCAAUGGGACAAAGGGGCUCCUUGCUCACUGUUACAGUGGCAAAAAUGAUAAAAAUCUAUAUAUGAAAUCUGCCUCAGUGGGAGGUUCCUCCCUGUUCAUACUGAGAAUGAAGAGGCAACCUUUCAUCAGGAUAUGUGGCAUUUUUAUGUGAGAAAUCUGCGGAUUCGGUGGAAUGGAGGCUCUGUGGCACAGUAGGAUAAGGCAUCCCCGUGCAGGACAUCUGUCUGGAACUAUCUCUUGCGUCUGAAACAAUGGAUGGAUCACUGCCCCCCUGCUGCGGCAGAUGGACAUGCACUGAGACUCCCACUAUGAGUGUGAAAAAAUUGUCACGUGGAGGAGAAAGGGGUGACUGAAAGUGUAUAAUGUGGAACUAUGUUGUUCAAGGGUGUGAAUCCCCACUGCCACUCAAUGUGUGUGUGUGUGUGUGUGUGUGUGUGUGUACCGCGUGUGUGUGCGUGUGCAUUUGUGUUGUGUAAGCCUGAAUUUGGCAAGCGGACUGAUCCUCUCUGCUCAAGUGUCUUUCUGUCCUCAUUCAUUUGGCGGACUUUACCUUUUCCACAACCCCACCAAAGUCAGACACAUUAAAAAGCUCUUCCAUAUGAUUUUUGCUCACUUUUAUCAUCUGUUGCUGGCACACACGCAUAGGAAUGUACAUUAGACACUCUUCUCAUUUAAAAUAUUUUCAUCUUGACAUGUCAGUCAUUUACAGCCAAGAGGUUAAAUGUUUAUUUUCCGUUGUAAAUAUGUGGAAACAGUACAAUAUAUUUGUGUGGUGCCUCAUUAUCACACACAUUGCUAUGAUCAACAACAAUGUUUGUAUUAUGAACAAUGCUCUCAUGGAUUUUCACAGCACAGUAAACUGUCUUUUUCUAAUGUUUCAGAAGAAAAACAAGAACAAGUGUUUACUUCUCUGCUUUGAGCACAUUCUAA